AUGAAACUUUACAGCUCGAUUUUUGUUGUCGUUCUGGUAUUUUCAUUGCGAGCAAAUUAUAACGUUGAUGCUUGUAAAGCAAUUGGUGAAACAUGUGCAAAAACUAUUUUUGACAGAUGUUGCGAUGGUACUGUAUGUAAACUAAGUGCACCAUUUUAUGGAGAAUGUGUAGAAUGUUUAACUUCAGGAAAUAGAUGUUGGAAACAUUCAGAAUGUUGUUCAGGGUAUUGUAAUUGGUUUACAUGUCGGGAUUUAUAA